AUUGAGGCGUCGUUCUUUCCUGGAGCUGUAUUUCUUCUCUCACGAUGUUUGUGUGGGUAUAAGCGCGACGAACUAGGGCUACGCACGGCGCUUCUUGAUUGCGGCAACUCAAUCAGUUAUGCUUUCAGCCCACUUGCGGCGUCAGGGAUUUUGGCAAGCUUUGAUGCCAUACUGGGCUUUCCUGCUUGGAGAUGGCUCUUCUUUCUGGAGGGCAUUUUGACCAUCGUGGUUGCAGUGUCCGCAAUUUGGAUUUUACCAGAUAUUCCUUCGACGUCGAGCGUCUGGCUUUCGCCUGAUGAACAAACCUCAGCCAAACGGCGGGUGGAAGAGGAAAUUGCAACCGGAGAUGAGCACCAGGGCAAGCCCGUAGAGGGCUUUUCUGGUCUCGUCGAGGCUCUUGUGGAUCGGAGAGUAUGGUGGCUUGGUGCUGCUCUUUGUUUCAUGACAAGGCACUCCAAUGCAACUGGUGAACGCUUCUCGCAUAUCGCCGGCCCUCUACUUGUCGGCGUCGCUGGGUUUAUCAUUGCCAUUUCUACCAUGAAUACGGCUGUUCGAUAUCUGUCGAUGUUCUUUAUGACUCAGCCCCCAGUUGCCUUUGUCGUCUUUCUCACCUGGAUCAUGAACACCUUUUCCCAAUCCCAGUCGAAACGAGCUGCAGCCAUCGGGUUAAUCAACUCGAUGGGAAUGCUUGGCAACAUGGGUGCAUCGUCAGUCCACAGCGACCUCGUUAUCUAUGCUACUACUGACGUCGUCGCAUCAGGCAGCACCUUGCCCGGUGUAAUGGAACUGCUGAAGCCGAAGAGCAAGCUCUAG